AUGGAUUCGUCGUCCACCUGGGCACAAGAUGUGAUCACGUGUGACCUUUGUGACAACCCCACCCAGCAAUUCUGUAACAGCUGCCAAGUCAGAUUAUGUGGGAACUGUAUAAAUAAACAUGUAGAAACCCUGAAGUCUCAAACACACGAUAUUGUUCCUUUCACGGACAGGGAGGAGCGGCUGGUAUUCCCCUCCUGUCCUUCACAUCCAAGACAAAGAUGUGAGGGGCACUGCCAACAGUGUGGUGUCCUUGUCUGCUUCAAAUGUCUCACAGGUCCCCACCAUGGCCACACUGUCAUGGACAUGACAGAUAUUGUGAAACAUAUUAAAGACGAAAUUAUGCAAGAAAUACGUGAAACUGAGAGUUAUAUUUCAAGAUUUACCUUGGGUCAAGCAAAAAUGGAUCAAAAGAUAUCCAAACUGAUAGAAAAUUUUGAAAAUUUAGAAAGAGAGGGAGAGAAACUCAGUAAAAUAUGGCAUGAAGAAGUUGACGACAUUUUCAACACUCUAAAAUCAACCGUUAAGACAAUGAAAGAUAAAAGACUCAAGGUUCUUAAAUCUCAUGAGUCCUUCCUACAGAAUUUAAGACAAAAAUUAGCACUUAUCAUGAAAGAAAACAAGGAAAUCUUGAAGUCUAACAAAGUAACUGAUGUCACAAGCCACAAAUCAAAACUGAAGGACUUUAGAAGCAUUCCUUCAGAUAUUGAUGUAUCGAUGCCUGGCUUAAAUAGCAACAUAGUCAAGGGAAGAGAACUCAGCAUACAGUUAGAAGAAUACAAAGCUACACUGCAACAGGUAUCCAUAUCGAAUCUGACAGACGAAGUCUCUGUUUUAUCUGUAAGAAAAUUAAUGGAAAAAGCUAAAGUAGUUGCUAACAUUCCCUGUGGCAAAAAAACUAUACGUUCAUUAAUCUGUGUUGGAACGAAUGAAGCUUGGGUAAAUAAUGAAGAUAAAAACCUAAGAUAUAUUGACAUAUAUGGGUUUGUAGAGGAUAAGGUCGCCAUUAAAUGUGAAACUUUUCCAAGUGAUAUUUCAGUUAAUAAACGGGGAGAACUGAUAUUCAGUGAUGUGAACACUAGAACAGUAAACAUUGUUAGGCAUGAGGGAAUAGAUACACUGAUUAUUCUACCUAAGGGAUGGCAUCCGUGGGGACUGUGUUGUACCAGAUCAGGAGAGAUACUAGUCAGUAUGUGUACUCGAGAUCAAAGUCACUACAAAAUUGUCCGCUUUCAGGGACAGACGGCAGCACAAGAAUGUGAUAGGGAUGAAGAUGGCAAGCAAAUUUUUAAAGGUGGGGAAAAGGGAGUUAAUGUGGCAGAGAAUAAUAAUGGAGACAUUUGCGCAGCUGAUAUGGACGCCAAGACAGUGAUAGUGGUGGACAAGACAGGAAGAGUCCGAUUCCGUUAUAAUGGUACACCAGCCAGGAGGAGUAAUCCAUUUCAACCGAUACACAUUGUUACAGACUCACUUAGUCAGAUCAUUAUUAAUGAUAUUAAUAAUAACUGUCUUCAUAUCUUAGAUCAGAAUGGACAGUUUUUAAAGUGUGUUGACAACUGUAGUCUUGUAAGUCCUCAUGGACUGAGUGUGGAUGACGAGGAAAGGUUAUGGGUAGGAUCGUAUUAUACAGGUGAUGUAAAAGUCAUCAAGUACAUGGAAUAAAACACAUUAAAUAUAUCGGAUGUUAUGAACUCAGAGAGUUGUACAGUCAUGUAUAUUCAAAUUUUUUUUAACUUUCUAAACUUUUCUAUCGAGGAGUAGAUUAUUGAGUUUCUGUUCAUUUUUUAUAGACAUACAUAAAAAUUUAAAGAAAUAGAAUACUGGUUAGAAUCUGAAAUAAAC